GACCCUUACGGAGGCCGAAGGCCAUGUGAGAAGAAUGGACGUUGCUGUAAGGGUCCGGCUGCUCAUAGGCAGGUAUAUGCUCCUGUUUUGUGAGACGCCAUCAGAGUUAUUGUUAGAGGUAUGCAAUUCUCCCCAGGGAGAAGGAUGGAGGAAAGAAAUGGUGUGUCCGUUGCGCCCCACCACUUUUGCUGGCCAUGGCUACAAG